UAUGUAAAUAUAUAAUUUGAUUUAAAUGUAACCAUAAUUGACGACAAUUAAAUUGUCGUGUAUGUGUGUACACCAGGAGUCUGGGGCAUUUCAAGUCUACUGUGCGCAAUAAAGCGGCUCCUGAGGGGUGCAUUGCGGAGGGGUACAUAGCGACCGAGCUGGUAACGUUCUGUUCAAGGUAUCUGAAUAACGCACCAACAUUCCACAACAGACCUCAGAGGAAUCCUGAUGGAUCCAAGGGGGCGGGCACGCGUGUUACCCUGAACCGGUUGAUAAUGCACCAGAUUCAUCGUUAUAUUGUGUUCAACUCUGAAGAGUUUCACAAUUUGCGGACGAUGCACAAAGACGCGCUUAGGCGAUCAUGCACUAGAGGUCGCAUUACGGAGGCUCUUAUUGAAGCAGAACAUCAUGAGCAGUUCUGCGAAUGGUACCCUGCAUAUGUCGAUGGCCUUGACGAUCAACGUAGGGAGGAAUUGGGCCACAACUUGGUUAUGCGUUGUAGAGGGCUGAAGGAGACAGCGGUCAAGUACAACAGGUACGUGGUAAAUGGGAAAUUGUUUCGCACGCUUGCCCAUGAUGUGGGAAGGAGGACUCAGAACAGCGGCGUAUGUGUUCCUACCGUUGAAGGCGAAACGUACUACGGGCAGUUAACCGAUAUAGUUGAGGUCGAGUACUAUGACAGGACUACGUACGUCCUAUUUAAGUGCAAUUAGGCAGAC